ACUCCAGUCCAGUCGGUGGCGGUAAGACACAUGCGUUUGUUUGCCGACCACCACCUCAGAGGAAGAAGAUUAGUUUUCGGCAAGAUCUCUGCUGUUUUGUCGCGUUACUGGCCUAAAACAAACUGUUAGAAAUUUACUUUUAGUGUAUAGAAAGAUGCAUUUUAAAUCAGUUCAAUAAAAGCCUGUAAUUUCCCCAUCCUACGUGACUUGAAUCAAGCAGGAAUAUCUGAAGGAGUAUCAACUGAACUGAGAUCUGCUGCUGUGAAGAUGGUGUUUGUUAAAGAGGAGAGUGAGGAGGACAUGAGUGAACCAGAACCCUGGAGAAUAAAACACGAGGAACAAGGCCUGAUGAAAGUGAAAGAGGAAAGACCUGAAGAUCUGAAUGAAGUGGAGGAGAGACAUCACCAGAAAGUUCAUGAUGUCACCACUGGAGAGAAGCCAUUGAGUUGCUCCAAAACUGAAAACAGUUGCUCACAAAGCAGCAUCCAAAUAACAGAAGUCAAAAAGCCUUUCACCUGUUCUCAGUGUGGAAAGACUUUCAAACAUAAAAGAAGCCUUUUGAAUCACAUGUUAAUUCAUGCUGGAGGAAAUAAUCCUUUCACAUGCUCUCAGUGUGGAAAGACUUUCACAUGUAAAGAAAGUCUGAAGAGGCACAUGUUAAUUCAUGAUGGAAUAAAGCCUUUCACCUGCUCUCAGUGUGGCAAGAGUUUCACACAUAAAUCACAUCUUAAGGAUCAUCUGGUAACUCACACUUCAGAAAAGCCUUUCACUUGCCCUCAGUGUGGAAAGACUUUUACACGUAAAGGAUACUUUAAGACUCACAUGUUAAGUCAUGCUGGAAUCAAGCCUUUCACUUGCUCUCAGUGUGGAAGUAAUUUCAAUUGUAAAGGAAACCUGAAGAAUCACAUGUUAAUUCAUGCUGGAAUCAAGCCUUUCACCUGCUCUCAGUGUGGAUGCAGUUUCAGAUGUAAAAAAAGUCUGAAGAAGCACAUGUUAGUUCAUAAUGAAAUAAAGCCUUUCACCUGCUCUCAGUGUGGAAAGAGUUUCACACAGAAAGGACACCUUAAUUAUCAUUUGGUGACUCACACUUCAGAAAAGCCUUUCACUUGCCCUCAGUGUGGAAAGACUUUUCUACGUAAAGAAAGCCUGAAGAAGCACAUGCUAAUUCAUGCUGGAAUAAAGCCUUUCACCUGCUCUCAGUGUGGCAAGAGUUUCACACAGACAUCACACCUUAAUGCUCAUCUGGUAACUCACACUUCAGAAAAGCCUUUCACUUGCCCUCAGUGUGGAAAGACUUUUACACGUAAAGGAUACUUUAAGAAUCACAUGUUAAAUCAUGCUGGAAUCAAGCCUUUCACCUGUUCUCACUGUGGAAACUCUUUCAUACGUAAAGAAAGCCUGAAGAGGCACAUGUUAAUUCAUGCUGGAAUCAAGCCUUUCACCUGUUCUCACUGUGGAAACUCUUUCGUACGUAAAGAAAGCCUGAAGAGGCACAUGUUAAUUCAUGCUGGAAUAAAGCUUUUCACCUGCUCUCAGUGUGGCAAGAGUUUCAAACAGAAAGGAAACCUUAAUUAUCAUGUGCUUAUUCACACUUCAGAAAAGCCGUUCACCUGCUCUCAGUGUGGAAAGACUUUUAUACGUAAAGAAAGCCUGAAGAAGCACAUGUUAGUUCAUGCUGGAAUAAAGCCUUUCACCUGCUCUCAGUGUGGAAAGAGUUUCACCUGUAAAAAAGCAUUUAAUAUUCAUGUGAGAAUUCACUCUUAAGAGAUGCCUUAUGCAUGUCAUUCGUGUGAGAAGAGACUUAAAUGGAACUGUGAUGUCAUCUGCACGCUCUCACUCAAUUGUAAUUUAACUGAUCACUGCUGUAAAAUACUUACAUUGUCAUCAUUACUGAAGAACCACCAGAAGUGCAUACCUAAUAAAAAGACUGACCUCUG